UAGGAAGCAACCAUGCAGGAUUAACACCUUCGGUGGAUGGAGCGACGGUGGAUAAUUUUGCUGGUGUUUUAAUGGCCUACUGAAACUAAAAUAAUAAGUUUGCAGAGAGAUUAAUGAACAGCGUCUUCUGUCUCCAUCCAUACCGGAAACGGUUACCGUUGGGGAACUGUCAAACGGACGGGACGGGACAGGACAGGUGAGACGAGAUGAUGAGGUGCAGUCCCUGGGCUCUUCUCCCUCCUGUCUACUCAGGUCUCACUGCUGUUGGACUGUGGGUUGUAUAUUAUAUAGCUGUCUGUCAUAAGAGGAUAACACCUCUGGGAACAAAAUACAGGAGAAAUGGAUCAUUAUAUCCCCCCUACAUCAGUGUUGCUGGGAACUUUCCCCCAGCUAGCUGCAUCUUCACUGAAGUUAUGAACUUGGCUGCCUUUGUAGGGUUCAUUAUCGCCGUCCUCAGAUACCUCCAGCUGAAAAACAAAAUAAAUAGAAAACUGAAUAUUAUUAGCCUGGUGGUUUUCUCCAUUGGCUGCUUUGGGAUGACACUUGUAGGAAACUUCCAGCUAUUCGCUGAUGAGUUGAUCCACAACCUGGGCACCUUCCUGACGUUUGGAAUGGGAACAUUAUUCUGCUGGAUCCAGUCUUUGAUAACUAUGAGAGCAAAUAUAAAGAACGAGGGGAGGAAGACCAGUAUCCUGCGUUUCCUGUUGUCUGGAAUCAUCACAGUCUCCAUGAUACUCUACUUCUCCCUGAUCUCUCAGCAUUUCCACAUGCAGGCAUCUCAGAGCCAAUGGGCACUAGUCAUGUUCUUCCUCAUCUUCCUCAGCACUUUUGCCAUCGAGUUUCGUCACUUCCACUUUGACCUCAUUUGUACAGAUUACUUUGGGAGUCCAGAAAGUCAUUCAGAGAUCUUGUCUGAAACAUCCACAUACCAGCCAGACCAACUGUAGUGGUGUUACACAACAAAAGCCCUCAGAUGUAUUUUAAUAGCUUUAUCUGGUCAGGAUGUAAAUGUUUUCUGAGUCCACAAGUGUUACCAUUUUAUCUUUGUUUAUAAAUGUUUUGAGUUUCCAUAUUUUUAUACUUUUAAGAAGUUCUGGUUUAAACUUCUACACAUGAAACUGCAUUUUCUUCAGAUCCCUUUUUAUGUGGUGAUUUGUUAUUUUAAAAUAGUUUCCUUUCCUUAAAAUCUUGUUCAAAAUUCCAGUCUCCUACAUACAUUUGAUCAGAAUAAAUUCAAGAUUUACAUAGCAUGCUAUCAAUUGAAGUACUCUAUAUUAAAAUCAUCAUACACAAAA